UUUUGGGCCCCAUCAAACUAUUCUAACAUUGUUUGAUUACUGGAACAUUGGCAUAUAUUCAUCGUCAAAUGGACCUGGUACUAGGUUCGAAAGCGGCGGGCUCAAUGGACACACUACGAUGUCAUUCAUUCAUUUUUAUAUCGCAGACAUCCUUCGGGGCAAUACUCCAAUCUAUGAUAUCGAAUACGCUUGUGAAUACACUCUUCCUGAUAAAUACGGUGCUUACUGCGGACCUUUCAACAUAUUUCCUGAUUAUAGCAUCGAUAAAUCAAAAAAUUCAACCUCUCCCACUGAAACCUACAUUGGAACUUAUGUUACAGGAGAUGAAGAGGUCGAAAUUAAAAUUGACCCAGUUACCACUGACCUAAUGAUGACGAAAGGUUGUGAAAAGUACAUCCUUUACCCAAGUGGAGUGGCCAAUUCUUUUGUUGCCCAAUCAACAGGGGAUUGUUAUGGAUGUGCUGAAAGUUUUGUCUUCACAAGUGUGUCCGAAUCUGGGUCAUCAGCGUUUGAAGAUUUCUCAAGACUGAGUAUAGAUGGCGUCAAAUUUCUAAACUCAAAGAUAAGUUCUGAUAGUCCAGUCAAAGUAACACUUGACCCAAAACUAAUUGCAAU